CUUUUUUUAUUUUUCAUUUAUGCAUGUACUGUGUACCGAUAAAGUAUGAAACUAUUUUACCUUGCCGUGCUGUACUGCUGAGUGCUGCCCACUUGCGUUAUAGUUGCGUACCACAGUCUAUAUACUAAAUCUCUCUAUAUAACACGUGUUCAUCCAUAACCUAUAACUACUGUUUACUUCUGCCGGUCCACGUUUCUGCUUUGCUCGUUCAAGUCAACGUUGUGAUAAAAAAAUGUUGGCUGCUGGAAUAAAAAAACGGAAAGUCUCGAAAAAGACAAAAAAAGCGUGGAGAAAACACGUAGACGUCAAAGAUGUCGAUGCCUUCCUCGAAGACCAGCGGUUAGAAGAAAGAUUGGGUGAGCCAUUGUCUCUCAAGAAGGACGACGAUUUGUUUUCUUACGACAGAGAAGGCGACAAUAAACUCGAAGAUUACAAUUACACGACUAAACAGCAGCGAAGAGAAUUGCUGAGAAAUGCAGAACCGAAAUGUUUUGCUAUUCUGAAGCCCCACACUGCUGUUCCGGAUCCCAUUGCCAAAAGAAAUCGAGUCAGAACUCCGGAGGAAAGGAAGAACCUCUUAGUGAAACAAAAAGAAACAUUAAGAAAAAUCAGUGGAACACUGAAGUUGAAAGAAAAAGAGGCAAUAAUAAACAGACAGUUGGCUCAAAAGAAAAGAGCUCAGAGGCCCAAAAGAGGAGAAUUUAACACUGAUGCUUGGGAGAGAGAGCCUGUUAUUGAACCAGAGUUGAAAAGCGAGUGGCUCGAUAAGGAUACAGUGAGGCACACGUUUGCAAAUACGAGAAAAUUGCUGAAACAAGUUCCCAAGUCUGUGCAACAAAAGCCUUCAAUAAUACCAGCUAUAAACGCACCUCAUCCUGGUAUCUCAUACAAUCCAUCAUAUGCUGAUCAUCAAAAGUUACUCAGAACAGUAGCAGCAGAUGAAAUUAAAUUAAUGAAGGAAGAGAAACACUUGGAGAGGGUAACAACACAAAUGUUUAGAAAGGUGACACAAAGAGAAAAAGAACAAGACAUCUUGGAGGAAAUGUCUCAAGGACUGCCAUUUCACAAAGAAGAAAACGUCAGUUCAGAUAGCGAAGAUGAUGAUCCUACUGUUAGAUCUAUCAAUCCUCCAGUGCAAAACAAAAAAAAAACUUUGGUCGAACGCCGUAAAAUAAAAGAACGGCAGAGGCUUGAAGAAGAGCGUCAUAAGCAGAAGAUUGAAAAGAAAAAAAUUGCUGACAUCUAUCAUCUUAAUCAGAUCAAGAAAAAAUUGACCAAAAAGCAAAAGAGGCUAGAGGCUCUAAAGGAAAAAAGAUUAAAAACUAAAGCAAGAAAAGUGUUUGAACCAAAAAAGUUGAGCAGACACAAGUUUGAGCCUCUAGAACAAGAAUUCGUCAUAGGAGCUGAGUUAACAGGAAAUUUAAGAAGUGCUCAGCCUGUUGGUAAUUUGUUGAAAGAUCGUUACAAGUCUCUCCAACAGAGAAACAUUGUGCCACCUGGUACUGUAGCGCUAAAAAGGAGCAAAGCUAAAGUUAAGAAGUUUGUAAAAGCAGAUCACAAAAUUGAUUUGACAAAAUUAAGCAAGUGAUUUUGUACAUAAAAGAAAUUCGAAC